GGGCAGAAGUUUUUCUACACGCACACAGAUGUCAGAGUUUCCCAAUCUGUCACUCUGCGAGGUGGGGUGUCGCGACCGUGGACUGCUGCAAUACCGCAAUAAUGACUUCAUAAGUCAAACGGCAGCAACUCGUUUCUGCGCGACAACGUACCGCUGAUAGCGUGUUUUACCAAGCGACCUUUCUGCUGGACCUUUGACAAGUGGGGAGCAACACCCAUGCGUCAGAAAUGCUAACCCCGGCUAGCCGCUCCUACCUGACCUAAACUAUGUUUCCUGCGCUCGGCGUAUUCGUUCGCAGCACGGUUGUUUAGUUUUGACGCGUUUCUUGGAAGGCUUCCGUGUGUUUUGGGACGAGGCGCGAGAGUCAGCCAUGGGUCUGCACGCGCUGGAAUUCAGCGAGUGUUAUCUGGACAGCCCCAACUUCAGGGAGAAAAUCAAAGCUCACGAGGCCGAACUGGACAAAACCAACAGGUUUAUCAAGGAACUGUACAAGGAUGGGAAGAACCUCAUCAACGCGACCAAGCAACUUGGGGCGGCACAGCGGAAGUUUGCACAUUGCCUGGGAGAGUUCAAGUUUGAGUACAUCGGAGAUGCGAAGACGGAUGAUGAGAUUUGUAUUGAUGAGUCAUUGCAAGAGUUCUCCUCAUUUUUACGAAACCUGGAGGAACAAAGAGAGCUCAUGAUGAAGAACAUCACAGAAACCUUAAUGAAACCCCUGGAGAAGUUCAGGAAAGAUCACCUCGGCACAGUCAGGGCUGAAAGAAAGCGUUAUGAAAAAGAGACGGAAAAGUACUACAGCUCUUUGGAAAAGCUUCUCAAUAUGUCGGCAAAGAAGAAAGAACCUCAUCUACAAGAGGCAGACAUCCAGGUGGAAAGCAUGAGGCAGCACUUUCAGGAGGAGUCACUGGACUAUGUCUGCAAGCUGCAAGAGAUCCAGGAGAGAAAGAAGUUUGAGUGUGUGGAGCCGAUGCUGGCCUUCUUUCAGACUGUCUUCACUUUUUAUCACCAGGGUUUUGAGCUUGCCAAGGACUUUGACCAUUAUAAAAGAGCGCUGCAGAUUAAUAUUCAGAACACGAGGAGUCGCUUCGAGGGAACGCGAUCUGAAGUGCAUGAGCUGAUGAAAAGGAUCAGAGAUUCUCCUCAAGACUAUAGACAAACCAGCCCUAUCAGCUAUGAAGGCUACCUGUUUGUACAAGAAAGACGGCCGCCACCUUUUGGUUCGAGUUGGGUCAAACGUUACUGCACCUUUGUUAAAGAGCAGAAGAUCCUGCACAUGGUGACCUUUGACCACAGAUCUGGUGGGAAAAGUGGUGAGAGUGAGUCCGUCAUGCUCAAGUCUUGUGUCCGCAAAACCACGGAUGUGCUGGAUCGACGGUUCUGCUUAGACCUCGAUAUCACAGAUAGGCCGGGUACAGUUCUCACAGUGCAGGCUCUGUCGGAAGAUGACCAAAAGUUCUGGAUGCAGGCUAUGGGUGGCAAAGAACCGAUUGGACACUAUCUUGGGAGGACCUACUCGAAAGAAAGAGGAAUUGACGCCCAGUUGGAUGACGUUGGCUUGAGUUUUGUGAAGAACUCUAUCAGUGCCAUAGAAAAAAGAGGUAUUAAUGACCAGGGCCUGUACAGAGUGGUGGGAGUGAGCUCCAAGGUCCAGAAACUUCUCUCAUUAAUGAUUGAUGAGAAGAGCAAUGAAGUGGAUCUGUCUGCCAGUGAGGACUGGGAUGUUAAAACGAUAACAAGUGCACUUAAACUCUAUCUGAGGAGCCUCCCUGAGCCGUUGAUGACCUAUGGACUUUACAAAGAGUUCAUCAACCCUGCAAAGGGCGGUAGUCCGGAGUCUCGCAUCCAAGCCAUCCACCGCCUGGUCCACAAACUCCCGGAGAGGAAUCGACAAGUCCUCGGGCUGUUUAUGAAGCAUCUGGCCAAUGUGGCUGCCAAUAGCAAACAGAAUCUGAUGACCAUGGCGAACCUGGGUGUGGUGUUCGGCCCGACACUCAUGAGGCCACAGGAGGAGACUGUGGCCGCCAUCAUGGAUCUAAAGUUCCAGAACAUUGUGGUGGAGAUCCUCAUCGAGCAGCAAGAGCAGAUCUUUGCAGAUGCUCCAGAUUGGUCGCCCGUUUCACCUGCAGCUCCAGUGUUCUCUGCUCCCACAAGGAUGUCGAAGAAGCAGAGUCGGCAGAGCCGGCCUCUCGCUGUCUACAAUCCUCAAGCUCUGGACAUCCAGAGCGUGGCAGGUACCAUUUCCAGUCAGGCUACAGAUGAGACCUCAAUGGGAAGCAAUGAGUCCGUGUCGUCCCAGUCCUCAUCGGCAUCUGCUUCAGAGUCUCCUCCAGACAAGUCUGACCACGCGCCUCUUGUUAGCAGCCUGAGCUCCGGCAGCAACCCAAGGACUCCCUCGGCGGCAGCUUCCUGGGCCUCUCCUGAAACACCAGAUGAAGGCAAACAUGCUGCUGCUUCUGCUGCGGCUGCUGAAAAAGAGAAGCCCAACGAGAGUGUCACCGGCCGGAAAGCCAAGGCGGUGUAUCCAUGUGAAGCGGAGCACGACUCCGAGCUCUCCUUCCAAGUCGGCGCAGUCUUCCACGCUGUGACCCUGUCUCGGGAGCCCGGGUGGCUGGAGGGAGAGCUGGAGGGGAAGCGGGGCCUCAUCCCUGAGAACUACGUGGACUUCCUGUGAGACGUCACCUUCAGCUUGUUCAUGCCUGGAUACACAGACGCAUGUUGUCGACCGGUUUCUGCAUGUUUGUGUUCAUUUACAUUGGUGUGGGCUCCAUGCACGUUUCUGCUUCACCGUCCCGAGUCACUUGGCAGCAUCAGCAGAAGGCCACCGUCGCUCCGUCGGGGACCUCCUUCUCCUCAGUUAUGCAUGGUAUCCAUGAGCUCCGGAAUCAUAGAAACAAUCCUCGGGAAGCAGCUACUUGACAAUCACGUACAGAAAGUGCCUUCGGAAAACGGAACACCUUCAUGGAAGCAGCUUUUUGGGGCAAAUCCCUGCGUCGCCAAAACUGCCGUGUCAUCAAAACCUGUCAGCACAUUUCGAGCCUUAGUUGAGACAAAAAUCUGUCAAAAGUGCCGUGACUUGCUCUCUUAUAUAUAUAUAUAUAUAUAUAUAUAUAUAUAUAUAUAUAUAUAUACACACAGACACACACACUAAGGUUAGGUAUAAAUAUAUAUAUAUAUUUUCCGAUCUUUUUCCCCCACGAAAAAAAAAAAAAAUCCUAGUUAUUUGCACUCAUGUCCCAUCAUCCUGAAUGGUUCAUGAAUAAACAGUGAUAAAGCUCGAUGUACCCGAGGCCUCCAAGACUCUCACACUACACAUGACAGAGAUCCUGCGAAUGUAUAUUUUCAAACCUGUUUCUGUUUUCUCCCUGUCGUACCAAUGAUUGUGUUUUUAUCCGUCAUCCACGUCCUUCAGGAAAGUCAAACACUCCCACAUUUGUUUUAAACCGUUUUUUUUUUUUUACGCCAAGUAAUCUAAGACAAAAAAAAACCUGCAGUAUUUUACUGUCGUCCGUUCGUCUGUGUGCUGCCAGAUUUUAAGAAUUAUAAAAAUACCAAAUAUAUUUUCUGUGUCCGUUUGGUCUUGUGUGAUGAAAAUGUACUCCGACUUUGCUAUUUAGAGUAAUUUAAGACGCCAGUCUUCAGGAUAUACGAAAUAUCUCCUCAACUUUGUAUAAUGUUUCUGAUCAGUGUUGAAUAAAGUUCUGGUUUAUUUUACCUGGAACCUGCUUUUUUUUCCCUCCUGAUUCUGCCUGUUGUUUUUGCCAGUUACAAACAUCCAUCAUGGCAACUGUCCUGUACAGCUUCCCUUACUCUCUGGUUACCACGCUUCAGUUCACCCUGUCUGCACUCUCCUCUUCGCCUCCCACCUCCUUCACUUCCAUCUCCCUCUCAUUCAUACUGUCACUGCAAAUCACUAUAUCAUCAGCAAACAUCACGGUCCAUGCAGACACAGGUUAGCCAAAACAGACAAGAGGAGCUGAUCCCAGAUGUUUUGGGCAAUAAUAACUCCUCUAAUGGCAGCGUCCAAGUCUUAAUAUACAAUUUGUCUUCUUCCCCAUAUCUGCCAUGUUGACAUCUAACUUGAGACUCCGCCCACAACAAACCAACCAACUUUUUUUUUUUACCGUGACUUGAGAGGCAGGUACAGUGAGUGAACCUACUCAGUCGCUGGCUUUCUAAUCCCACGAAACAAUCGGUGGAAACUUGUCUUUCAGUACCGAUAUAUUGGAGUAGCUAAAAUGCUAACCUCGCUAGUUAGCUAUAGUAGCAUCCUUUUCACUUUAAUUGCAAUAUUAACAAUUUUUUAAACAUAGCAGUGCUGCCGUUACGAUGUCCUAUGAAAUGUAAAACAGAGCUGGAAAUUUUUUUAAUGAUGACUCAGCAUUUUCAGAGCAAUAAGUAAUAACGAAAAUAAACAUUCUUCUUAAACAACUUCUCAAAUUCGUAGUGUCGCUGACAAAAAACUUCUCACUUUGGCAUUGUGUUUGACAUCUUUAAGUUGUUUCAUUACUGACGCUCCAGUGGUGUGCUGGUCCCCGUGAAACACGUCUGAAGGAAGAAUGUGGAAAAGCCUUGCCGCCACUCUUGAAGCCAGACUUGCAGACUCCGUUACAAAAUCUAGUUUGGGAAACCAUUCUUAUUUUACCAUGCCAGUGUCUCAUGUCGAAUUAUCGAUGAGUCAUGUGUUUCGCCUCCUGCCUUCUCCUCAGUGACCAAAAAUAAACAAGGAUUUAUUCUCUCCGUCUCGCGCUGGCUAGAGUUACCCAAGCCUGUCUCCGUCUAUUGAACUGCAGGGGGCCUUCUCACUUCUGAAUUCACUUAAAUGGAUCUUUUCUGGAGACACUUCCGCAGCCUGGCUGCUCCACAUCUGGGUCGAUGAAGGCUCCUUUGCUCUUGUUAACGUGGUUACCUUCGGCUCAAUCCUCAUCGGCUGCUCGGGUCUGAUUCAGAACAUGUGUAAUGUGUCCAAACUACGGGCUGAACCUUAAGUUCUGUUCGUUGAGAUGUUUCAGACAUGUUGUGCUGGUGCCCACUAAGGGGCUCUUCUUUCUUGUAGAGUGAGCUCAUGGCGUCCCAUGUGAGCUCUGCAUUUUU